ACCCUUGUUUUAACUUAGUUUUUAGGCCUAUGAAUAAUACCACUGCACUAGUAUUAUCAUAAUUAGGGUUUGAUUAAGGCCAGGGAAAAGUAAAAUAUUAAAACUUGAUCGACUGAAUUAAAAAUAAAAUAAAUUAAAACGGGUAGCUGUUGAUAAAGAAGUGAGAACAAUGAGGGAGUACAAGAUAGUUGUUUUAGGAAGUGGAGGUGUUGGGAAAAGUGCCUUGACAGUCCAGUUUGUUCAAGGUAUAUUUGUGGAAAAGUAUGAUCCUACUAUUGAAGACAGCUACAGAAAGCAAGUAGAAGUAGAUGGGCAACAAUGUAUGCUGGAGAUCUUGGAUACAGCAGGAACUGAACAAUUUACAGCCAUGAGAGACCUCUAUAUGAAGAAUGGGCAAGGAUUUGUUCUGGUUUACUCUAUCACAGCACAGUCAACUUUCAAUGAUUUGCAAGAUUUACGUGAACAGAUCCUACGUGUGAAAGACACAGACGAUGUUCCCAUGAUUCUGGUUGGUAACAAGUGUGAUCUGGAGGAUGAGCGGGUUGUUGGUAAAGACCAGGGAGCCAACCUGGCUCGCUCCUUCAACAACUGUGCAUUUCUGGAGUCUUCUGCUAAGGCAAAAAUCAAUGUAAAUGAGAUUUUCUAUGACCUUGUGAGGCAGAUUAAUAGAAAAAAUCCAGAGAAAAAAUCAAACCCGGUUAAGAAAAACAAAUGUAUCAUUUUGUAGAAAUGAUUCAACCAAGAGACCAGAAUAAAGUUUUGGGUCCAUCUUGUAGCUGUGUUGUACAGUUUUAUCUGUCAUCAUUGUUACACCAUUUGUUUGAGAAUUUUAAGAGUUAAAAAUUUAAAUACAUGCUUCUGCUAGUUUACCUCACCUCCAUAGUUGGUUCUCAACAGCCAGUUCUUCCAAGGAAUUUCAAGCUCGUUGGUCACCCCCACACUUGGCCAUCCCCCCGAGGGGUUUAUACCUUGCGAACUCCUUGGAGCAUGUCUUGUGCUAUCUAAUGUAUGGUGCUAAUUUUAGUGGAAAAGUAUACAAAGAAUAAAAUGUAUGCUUUAGAACUAUUAUAUACAAAAGCUAUUUGGGCAUGUCUAAUAGAAGAUUGUGCAUAUCAUCUGUGUCAAGUUUAACACAGUUCAACUAUUUAUUCAUUAACAUUUUGCUGAUCUUUUGAAAAGCUUUGUAAAGUAUGUGUUGGUAAGAUACAUUUAACGUGAUAUGUGUGUUGUCGAAAGGAUCACAAAUAUUUAAUUAAGUUUUAUAGAUAAAUAUUUACAAUUCUUCUGCUAAAUCAAUUGUGUAUUUUAGCAACAUUCUGUGUGUAUCAAUAACGUUCUUUCCCAAAUUAUAAUUUCUCUCUUCCCACAAGUAAAGGAAUUUUUAUGAACCAAAAUUCUGCACGUAUUUUAGCAUAUUGUUUAAAUUUUUAAAUCCAUAAGAAUGGAAAGAAAAAAAUAUUGUCCACAUUUUGUUAAAACAACAUUCAUUGAUCCCUACAAAUGUUGCUUGGAUGAAAUAUUAACCACAUCAUUCAGAUUUUAACCAUUUUAUCACUGCAGCUGUAAUAAUUAGUUUAUGUUUCAUGUUCCAUUUUUAAGAUUUGUAUCACUUUGGCUUGAAAUGAAACCUUCACCUGAUCUAAUUUUUCUUCAGGUUUUAUGUAAAGCUAUAAUACAAUACCUAUAUACAAGUUAUAUUCUCUGAAAUAAAGUGUGUAAAAGAUGUACUUGUUUAAGAAAGAUUGAAAAAUUAUUAUCUUCUUACAUCAUUAACUUUCAUUAGUAGGGAAGAUCAAAGAAAUGUUACAUGAAUAUUGAUUUUAUAAUAUCAGUUUGGAACAUCUUAUGUUUUUAACCUUGAUUAUCAUAAUAAUUCUUUUUUUUAUUAUCAUUUGAGGUAAACACCAAUUACAUUGCCUUAAUUAGUAUUCAGGGUUCAGAUUUAAUUUUUUUCUGGGUUUAAUAGCUCUUUCCAAUAAUACAGUCUUAGUCUAUGUUGGUUAAUAUAUGGCUACAUUACAGUUGUAUUACUAUAAGUUCAUUCUUAUUUUUUACUGUGUUAGAAACAUUUUUAUGAAAUGCAAAAGGGUUUUGUAUAAAUAAUGAAUCCAUUUAAUUUAAUUAAACCAUUGUUUAUUUUCAAAUCACCCAAAUAAUAGUGGGUAAUAAACCAAGUUCUUUUGCUUGUA